UUCACUUUUGGUGACAUCACCAGAAUUUAUACUUCGGCAAAGCGGGCAGAGUCAUCGACUGGUCGGUGCCAAGUUUAUCUUGAAAAAGGUAAGAAUGAAUAUUGUCCGCGUUCUUGAUCACCGAUGAUUUUGACGGGAAAUAUAGUUUUUACUACACACGCCAUCACGCGAAGUCAUGAUUCAUGACUAGAGACUGAUUAAAGUUUAUACGUUACAGUGUGUGAAGGAAAAUGGCCAUAUCCGUAAGCAGUCUUCUCAUGGAGAGCUUCAGUAGCGACUUCGAUCCACCACCUUCACUCUUCAAAGAUUUGAGCGAUGAUUCAACAGACUUCAAGCCUAGGAGUAAGGAAUCGACGGAUGACCUUUGGAAAAAUUUCUCAUUUCCGUUAACGCCACCAAUCUCACCGGCGAGCUCGCCCCCGUACGCCUCGACAGACGAAGUAAGAGAGCAGCCAGUCUGCCAUGGUUUAGCCGAUGAAGGGGUAUCGAUAGAUGAAGAGUGCUCACUGUAUUUCCAAUCCGGCGACCUCAAGGAUAUAUUGAUUAAAGACUGUAUGUGGAACGGUGCGGCGUUCGAGAAGGCAACGGACAGGAAACAGCGAAUUCAUACGCAUACAAAACUGGAACGUGUACGUCUCCUCUGCCAAACACCACCACUGAGUGAGUGUGCGGCUAGAAUUCUGAGCGUGGAUCCAUCAGAGAUAUUUCCCUUUCCUCUGAGCGCAAGCCCGGGAAGUGAACUGUGUGAAAACAUCGACGAUCAAUCGGAUUCCGGUAGGUAUAUAACCACUUAGAUGAAUAAUAGAUGUACUCGCUCUGGCUGAUUGAAUCUGUGUUUUGUGUUCGCCGAUCUAUGACCAUUUCUGACACUGAUUUGGCCCCUCUUCCAAUUGAUUGCUCUCAUUUUUGUGUUCCCUCUUUUCCGGGGUCGUGCCACUUUCAAACAAACUCACGUCCCUUUUUUGCUUAAUAAUCAAGAGAAGAGACUUUAAUAACUAUUUUCUAACAUUUUUUGUUUGUUUUCACAAACUUUACAGAAGAAGAGGAAGUCGAAAUCGAUGUUGUUUCUAUAGAGAACUCUAAACGCGAGAAGGAAACAGAAGAAUUGAUGGAGGAUGAAAAUGAGAACAGUAAUUGCGUUACUACUAUUGCCGAAACAACCUCGAGUGAACCCUCUUUUAAAACUUCAACCAUUGAAGAGCCUCAAGAACCUUGCGACGAGAAAAGUGAUUUUGUGGGCAAGAUCAGAACACGUCGACACAAGAAAGUCUUAUCUAGCGACGAACUAAAUUACAGAGAAGGAAAAAAAGUUGCUAAGAACUCUAGUAGUUCCGGGGAGAGCGACGAAUCGGAAAACGACAGCGAGUUUACGCGCGCAACUCACAACGUCUUGGAGCGAAAACGAAGGAACGAUUUGAAACUGAAGUUUCAGAAAUUGCGGGACUGUGUGCCGGAAUUAAAGGACAAUGAAAGGGCUCCGAAAGUCUCAAUUCUUCGAAAAUCGUGGGAAUAUAUAAGUCAAAUCAAACAGGAAGAGAUAAAACUUGUAGCAGAGUUGGAAAAACAAAAGAAAAUUAACGCUGUGUUGUUGAGAAAGCUGCUGGCUUUGAAUCAAGCAAACUAAAAGAUAAUUCAGAGACUUGUGUUUUCGCAGGACGUAAUAUAUUUUACGCCGUUUUAUUUUUCACCCAAAGGGGGGUUUAUGGAAGCGACCCAGAGGAACGCUGUUUUAAGAAAUUGUUAUCUUGAUUUUUCUUUCAUUUAUACUCUGUCGCGUCGUUGUUCAAAACGCAAUAGACAAUAAAAUUAAAAUUUUUCGCAGUGCAAUAUUAGUGACGCUACAUUUUUCAGAUAAAUUGAGAACGCCCUUAAGCGUAGCUCUACUUGCAUAGCGCAUUUAUACAGCCACACAGUUAGAGUUAAUCUAGAAGAUACUGAUUGUAAAUAGGGAUAUAAUUGUGCCGUUUCAUAGCUGUACGCCUUGAAACCGGCUUUGUGAACGCUUGACAAAAGCAUUAGAAUUUUCAAGUAGAAUUACGAAACAAUAGUUCGCACCAUUUGUGGUAGAAAAAAACUUAUUAAUAUCGAGAAUAAAAAUAUUUUCGAAACUC